CCCAUUUUCUUUGACAAAUUAUUCCCUUAAUUAGUACUCUAAUUUUUUUUUUUUUUUUUUUAAAAAAAGGGUGGAGGUAGUCAUAUGAGGGAUAGGUGAGCAGCAUGGGCCAUAUACAAACAAUUCCAGCGGCAGGGGUAACGGCAGAGACCUUCUGCACGCCCAACAACAAUAUCAACCCCAACUCCAAGACUAUUAUCCUCACAUCUACCUUAUUGAUUCUCCUUCUAUUUCUCUAUACUCUAUAAUUAUUAUAUAUAUAUGUACACAAAACUUUACGUAUGUGGAUAAUACCAAUAUAUAUGUACAAGUGAAAAAUUCAAUGAAUCAUAAAUAAUAGGGGGUGUGAAGGAAAGAGUUGAUAAGAAACACGAGAGUUCUCUCCAAAGAAAGAGCCAAACCAAAGCUAAGGCCACGCAAAAGGAGAAGAACAAAGCAAAGAGGAAAACCAAGAACCAGAAUAAGACGGGCUACCCCUCCUCUUUCUUUCUUGGACUGAUUCUCUCUAUUUCUUCUCUCUCUCUUUUACAUAUGCUUUCAAAAGCAAUUUAGCAUACCAAAGAAGCAAGCAUAAGGGAACAAGCAAAGGAAGGCAAGUUUUGAGGAGGGAAAAAAACAGAAGAAAGUUAAAAAAAGAUAAAAGUUUUUAUUAGGUUGGGAAAAAAAGUGAAGGAGCAGGCAGAAAAAUUGGUAAUGUUGGUGUUCUUGGAAAUGGCUUCUCAUAUGUAAAAAGAUUCAUUCACUCUUUAACAUCACUCACUCUCUCUCUCUCUCUCUCUCUCUCUUCUCUCAAAAAGCUUCUUUCUUUUUCCUCUUUCAUAACUUGUCCUCAUUCUUUACAUUUCUUUGGUAUUUUCUUGAAGGGUGUCAGUGAAGAGUCUGCCUUGGUUUAGAGCAUCUUCUUCUCUAUCUAUUCAUGCUGUUUAUGUGUUAGCCCCUUUUAAUCACCAAUCACACAUCUCUUCAUUACCAUCUUCCAACUUACAAUCCCCUUUUCUCUCUAUAUAGUCUAUCUAUCUGCCUUUCUCUUCUCAAUUCUCUAAUCAUAUCCCCAUUUCUAGAAAUGGCUGUCCAAGCUCAAUAUCCAUCUAAUGUUCUCUUUUUAAACAGAAAUGUACAAGAAGGAAAAAGCCCACUUGGUAAUGAUUAUUCAUUGCAACAUCAACCUGGUGGUGGUGGUGGUGGUGGUGGAUCUUUUCUUGAUCAAACACAAAUGCUAUUCAAUCCAGGAGUUGGGGAAAAUACACGAAAACGAGGAAGAGAACUUACAAGUACAACAACAGCAGCAAUGAAUUAUCCAUUGAUGCCAAUGCAAUCUCAGCCUCAACCGCAACUCAUUGACUUAACUCAGCUUCAUACAUCGCCUCCUUCGCAGCAACAGCCUCCGAAUGUUGUCUCCACCGGUCUCCGUUUAGCUUUCGGAGACCAACAGCAACAACAACAACAACAUCAUCAUCACUCUCUUUCUCCUCAAUCCUCUCAAUCAUCAGCUUUCUAUUCAAUAUUAACAGAUGACUUAGCUACUCAUAUCAAACACCAACGCGAUGAAAUUGAUCAUCUCCUCCUAAUUCAGGGGGAACAACUGAGGCGUACGUUAGCAGAGAAGAGGCAACGUCACUACCGUGCGCUGAUAGGAGCAGCAGAGGAGUCAAUAACGCGAAGGCUAAGAGAAAAAGAAGCGGAAAUGGCGAAAGCAGCGCGUCGAAACGCGGAACUAGAAGCGCGUGCAGCACAAUUGAGCGCAGAGGCGCAAGCGUGGCAAGCGAGAGCUAGGCAACAAGAAGUUACAGCAGCAACACUGCAAGCGCAGUUACAACACGCGAUGAUGAACAACGGCGCGUGUAAUAAUAAUAAUAACAACGAGAGAGACGAAGGGAAUAAUAAUAAUGGUGAACCGGAGGAUGCUGAAUCGGCUUAUAUUGACCCGGACCGGGUUGUUGAAUCGACCGGUCCGAGUUGCAAAGGGUGUAACAAACGAGCUGCAUCAGUGGUGAUAUUGCCGUGUCGACAUAUGUGUGUGUGUACAGAAUGUGAUGCUGUUGCUCAAGCUUGCCCAUUGUGUUUCUCCAUAAGAAGCUCAAGUGUUGAAGUCUUUCUCUGUUAAGUCCCUGCCCAACUUGAGAGCGGACGGCUAAUGCGUUUUGCUUAUUAAAUAAGGUUCUAUGAUCAAUCUGUGAUCCGGCAUGCCGAGCGCUCUAAGUUUGGAAGAUCUGCGGAAUCCCUCCCGCUUAUGUUAAAACUAAUGCCCAAACUUUGUUUAAUAACUAUGGUAAAAAGGAGUUACAUUUGAAAAAAGAAAGGUUAAACAAAAAUUAAGAAAAGAUGAAACAAAAAUAAUAUUUCAUUUAAUAACUAUAUAUUCCUUUUUUCCAGAUUUUUUUUCUUUUCUUUACUCUUUUUCUUGGGGUUUACUUUUUCCAACAAAUCAAGGAUCUUUUCCUUUUUUUUCUUUUAUUUAGGAGAGGUAAAACGCAGUUUGAGAUGAGGCAUCAUUUUGUGUUCUCUUCCUAUCUUUUUCCUUCUUUUAGAAAUUUUAUUCAUUUGUAAAUUCGUUUAUUUACCGUCCGUGACAUUAUAAAACAAUUUUCGUCA